UCCACCUCCACCUCCACCCCCGGACGCCAGCAUAUGAACGUGGGACACGAGGCCACAUAAAUCUCCGCAUCCAGGGAGAGCCACCCAAUUCUUGGAGCGAUCUCGCGAUCGCGAUGCGGCCGCGGGAGAUGCCGCACCCGUUCUGCUGCAUCGCCCUCGACUGCCCCGGCCUCGGCGCCCGCUCCCGGGCGCCGGACGAUCCGCCUCCCGAUCCCGGCCCCUCCUCCACCGUCGCCGUCGCCGGUGUCCUCUGCAAGUGGACCAAUAUAGGGAAGGGGUGGCGACACCGCUGGUUCUCCCUCGGCAACGGCGUGCUCUCCUACUCCAGGAUCCGUCGCCGGGACCCCCCGCCGGUGCCCGAGGGCGAUGGCGUCCGCCUCAUCGGAAGUGCCACCGCGAUGUUCGCCCCGGUCACCGCCGCCUCCUCCAGCCGCCCCGGCAGCGGCUGCGGUUGCCGUCAGCCCCAGAAGCCGGUGCGCGUCGUUCAUCUAAAGAUCUCAUCAUUUCGUGAAAGUAAGACGGAUGACAGAAGAUUCUACAUAGUUUCUCCAACAAAGACACUUCAUUUGAGGACUUAUUCGAGUAUAGAUCGUGUAGCCUGGAUUCAGGCUUUGAUUUUGGCAACAAAAGAAAUUUCCAUAAAUAGAGGAGUUUCUUUUAUGCAGAAUGAUGUAUUAAUUUCAACUGAAAAGCUUAGAGAUCGCAUGCAAGCUGAGGGAUUGGAUGAGACAGUUAUUAAGGACUGUGAGCAGAUUAUGCGUAUAGAGUUUGCUGAAUACCACAAACAAUUGAAGCUUCGAUAUGAAGAGCACUUAACCUCUAUUGGUACAUUUCAUCAGCAGCUGGAGGAAGUUGAUGUAGAAGAUGCGGCGACUCGCGAAGGCCAAUUGCAGCUACCCAAGUAUGACUAUUCCAGCUCUGGGCGUGAAAAAUUUAAUGAGUACAGUACAACUGAAUCAUCUGAUGAUGUUGAAAAGCAAGAGCUCGAUGAAUUAUCAGACGAAGAAGAAGUUUCCUUUUUUGAUACAAAUGAGUGCUUUGGUGAUCCUAUAGUUACCUGUGCCGCUGAAGUAACAUCCUCAAAUGUGUCUAAUAGAAUUUCUGGAUUUAAUACUAACCAUUGUGAUGCAAAGAUAAUGGACGUUGAGUUACAGCCUGAUUAUCCGAACAUGUUGCUCCAUAUCCCAAGGCGGAAGAAGUUGCCAGAGCCUAUUGAAAAGGAGAAAGGUGUUAGCCUUUGGUCAAUGAUUAAAGAUAAUGUCGGAAAGGACCUCACACGAGUGUGCCUUCCUGUUUUCUUUAAUGAACCAUUGUCUUCGCUGCAAAAGUGCUUUGAAGACUUGGAGUACUCAGAUCUACUGGAUCAAGCAUAUGAGUAUGGGAAAAAGGGGAACAGUCUCAUGAGAAUUCUGAAUGUAGCUGCCUUUGCAGUCUCUGGAUAUUCUUCUUGUGAUGGUCGCCCUUGCAAACCUUUCAAUCCUCUGUUAGGUGAGACAUAUGAAGCUGACUACCCUGACAAAGGAAUCCGCUUCUUUGCUGAAAAGGUUAGCCACCACCCUAUGCUUAUCGCUUGCCACUGUGAAGGUAGAGGUUGGAAAUUCUGGGGAGACAGCAAUCUGAAAAGUAAAUUUUGGGGACAAUCUAUACAAGUAGACCCUGUUGGUGUACUAACCUUGGAAUUUGAUGAUGGUGAAAUUUUUCAGUGGAGUAAGGUCACAACAACUAUCUAUAACCUAAUUCUUGGUAAGGUAUACUGCAAUCACCAUGGUACAAUGAACAUACGGGGAAACCAGCAGUAUUCUUGUAAAUUAAAGUUCAAAGAGCAGUCACUCCUUGACCGCAACCCUCGCCAGGUACAAGGUCUUGUUGAGGAUGCUAAGGGAACAAAAGUUGCCACUUUAGUAGGUAAAUGGGAUGACAGCAUGUGCUGCUCGUUUGGUGACGAAGUCCUGAAGUCCAAGAGCUCUUUUUUGACAGAAAAUUCAACUUUGUUAUGGGCAAGGAAUAAGCCUCCUCCUGACCCCACUCGAUACAACUUGACAUCGUUUGCAAUUACGCUAAAUGAGAUAACAUCAGAUCUGAAGGGGAAACUUCCACCAACUGAUUCAAGACUCCGUCCGGAUCAGCGAUACCUUGAGAAUGGGGAGUACGAAAAGGCAAAUUCAGAAAAGCUGCGAUUGGAGAGAAGGCAACGAAUGUCGAGGAAAUUGCAGGAAAAUGGGUGGAAACCAAGAUGGUUUAGGAGGGAUAGUGAGGAUGGAACAUUCCGAUAUAUAGGUGGAUACUGGGAAGCAAGGGAGCAGAUGGAGUGGGAUGACUGUAUGGACAUAUUUGGCGAGUUCUGAAAUGGUGUAACUAUGGUUCCCUGCUAGGAAGAACUUUGCAAUCGGGUGGGUAUGAUGUGAUGCCUAAUUGAGUUUCCUGCAGAUGCUACUCUUCUGUGGUAGACAUUUGCGCUUACAUCUAUCAAUCUGCAGAUGGCUUGUGGGCUUUGUGGGUCGAUGGAGUUGCUGAUUGAAGAUGCUUAUAUCCAACUGUUUAUUCCUUUGUUGUUUGAUAUUGUUAUUCAGUUUAGGGCAAGAGGACAUUCUUUGUAACAUGGUUAUUUUAUAUUGUAACUUAUUGCCCCUUUUGUGAUUAAUUAGCAUAACUUAAUGAUCCGAGGGCCACAUCGUGCUGAAAUUGCCUGAAUCACCUAUGGCUGUAAAAAAAAAGCAUGUGUAUUCAUCUGUUGCUCCACUGUGUCUAUA